AUGUGGGCACAAUGGCACCCAGGAGCUGCCGCCACAGGGGCGCUGGAAAAUGGACUCUGUCAUGGGCCUCAUCUGGCCCAUGAGCUGGGCUUUGCCCACCCCUGUUCUAAUAAAAACUUUCUCUCCCAUUUUAGGCAGUUACUGAAAGACCCGCAGGUGCUGUUUGCAGGAUACAAAGUACCACAUCCUCUUGAGCACAAAAUUAUCAUUCGAGUUCAAACCACUCCUGAUUAUAGUCCUCAGGAAGCUUUCACCAAUGCCAUCACAGACCUGAUCAGUGAACUUUCCCUUCUGGAGGAGAGGUUCAGGGUUGCCAUCAAAGACAAACAAGAAGGAAUUGAAUAAACAUGAAGCUUCAAGUGGA